AUGACUUCUUCAAUUAAAUUAACUCAUGGCGCACGACUUUUAUUAAAAAAUAGUCAAAAGAUUAAUAAUGUUUUUAUUAGAAGAAUUCAUAAUACAAAAUUUGAAAUUAAUUAUCAAUUAAAUUCUUUCCCACGUUCCUUUUUGAAUGAUGUUCCUAAAAAUGUUAUAAACUCAAAUAUUAAACUUGGAAGUAUUAUUAUUCAACGUGGUUUGGCUACAGUUACCGCUAUUGAUACGAAAGUUCCUGAUAUUCCAGUAUUAACUGACACAAAAAAAAUAGCAGCCGAAGCUGCUAAAGCAAUAGCAAAUACAGUCCAAGCUACACAAACAUCAGAUAAUCCGGUAGUUAAUGCUUUUAACGAAAAAAGAAGAUUAUAUAAUGAGAAUUAUUGGAUUAAUGUAAACUUUGAAUUGUUUAAAAAUUUCCCAGAAUGGCUUGAUGGUUUAGGGUUAAAGCUUUUAGCUCCAAUUUUCCAAGGAAAACCAUGGGAAGAUAUCAUUAAUUAUAAAAUGACUGACUUAGAACUUUUGGGUGUCCCUAAUAAGAAUCUUAGAAAAAGACUUCUUAGGCAUAUAAGGAAGGUUCGAGAUUCUUAUGUAUAUGGAGCUGGAUCGUUUGCAAUGUUUCUCCAAGGAAAAAAAUGGGAAGAAAUCAUUGAAUUGAAAAAAGAUGACUUAACGGCAUUGGGUAUUAAAGAAGCUCCCUUUCAGGAUCUGUUGAUUCGAGGUUUUGCUUAUGAAAAAACACCCCGGAUCUUAAAUGAGAAAGCGGAAGCAGUGUUAGAAGAAAAUAAUAUUUAUUUUAGAUCUAAUUAUUUUUCCAAUACUGAUGUGAAAUUGUUGGAAGACUUUCCAAAGUGGCUCGAUGGUUUAGGAUUAAAACCUCUAUCGGUAAUUUUUGAAGGAAAAAAGUGGCAGGAUAUCGUUAAUUUGACUUCAAAAGAUUUGAUGCAUAUGGGUAUUUUUAAUGCUAACCUUAGAAGAAGAUUAACCAAGAAUCUCAUUAAAGCCAAGAAAAAUUUGGCUGGAACUGCUAAUGCUGUUCAAGAAAUUGAAGUGAAAGAAGGUGAAGUUAACGACUCAUUUGAUCAAAAAGCAAUCAUUGCACAAAAUAUAAACCAUAAAACCGUUGACCUUUACUUUUCAAUUCUGAAUGACGUGCCUUGCAUGUUGAAUACAUUUGAAGAAGCGCUUGGAAGAUAUUACCCAUAUUUCGAAGGUAAAAAAUGGGAUGAAAUCAUCAAGAUGACCGAUCAAGAUUUGGUAAAUUUAGGAGUUCAGGAUGUUGGUGUAAGAAAAAUGAUGGUUAAAGGAUUUGAAAAGCAAAAGAAACUUCUUUUACAUUUAUUAAACGGUGUUAUUGAACAACCUCCACCACCCGCACCCGUACCUGCACCUGCUGUAGUCACACCUGUCAAAGCUGAAACUGCAACCACACCGCCUAAGAAAGGUAAUGCUAAUGCUGCUCGUGAUCGACGCAGAAGAAGAGGGAAGGGUAAGAAAGCUAAAACCGAGAGCGCUCCUGCUGUUACAACUGAGAAAAAAGAAAACUCCGUGUAA